AUGGGGGACCGGUGGCGAGCGCAGUCUCAGAACAAGAAGCUUCCUCACCACGUGAGGUGCUCCUUUCCGUCUGAAUUGUUCAAGCGGAUGGAAGACAACGUCGGCACAAAGGUGGCGGUCGAACUUUGCGAGAUACUGAAUGAGCCUGCGAUGACCUUCCUGCGCGUGAACACAUCACGAAUUUCGAGGGACAAGGUCUUCACCUUCCUGAGCAGCAGAUCCGUGCCCGUCGAGAAGACGCAGAAUUCCCAAAUGGGCCUCCUCCUGACUUCCAAGCAGAACUUGCUCGAGGUGCCAGAAUACAAGCUGGGGAACUCCAUGCUUCAUUGCAGCAUUUGGGCUCUUUGGUUAGGUUCGGUCGGUUCAGUGAUCCAGCCACAAGUCAUCGCCAAUGACAGCCCCAUGCGAAUUUCACUUGGAUUGCACAUGCUGCAAGUACUAAUGGCGCAGCAUGUGAAAGCACGUUGUCCUUUGAGGGUUUGA